AAUCCUUGCAGCAUUGAGGGCAGUGUUGAUCUGCUCUCACUGAGCAGGUAAACACUUGUGACCUUUGACCCGAGCAGAGGGAGGAGGGGAAGAGGGGGACACGACGUGCAGGAGGUCGUGACGGUGUAAGGGGGGGCGGAUGGGGGGGUUCUGCAGGUCCCAGGGGUGCUGCUUCCGGCCGGCGGGGGGGCGUAAGAGACCUUACCCCUAAUGAAGCCGCCAUUACCGGCGUGGAAACGACGCCAGCCCCCCCAGGGGACACGCAGGGGGGGUCCGUGGGUGUCCAUAAAAACACGCAGAGACGAACCGGGAGCUUCAGAUGAGGCCGGACUUUCUGCGGAUCCUCCACGAGACAGAAAUGCUGCGCGAGACCAGAGAUCCAGAUUCCUGCGUCCCGGUGAGGCAGAGAGGAAGUCCGUAUGAGACGAGCCCCGGGGAUGGGUCACGACCCCUGGGCAUCCGUCGGGUCUUCACCAACAGUCGCGAGCGCCGGCGCCAGCAGAACGUCAACGGGGCUUUCGCCGAGCUGCGGCGCCUCAUCCCCACUCACCCCCCCGACAGGAAGCUGAGCAAGAACGACAUCCUGCGCCACGCGCUGCGCUACAUCCACUUCCUGGACCGGCUGCUGGUGGACCAGGAGGACGGCGGCCUGCAGGGGGCGCCCUCGCCCCGCUGGACGCAGAUCUCAGAGGACGGAGACUCUGACGGGGUGUUGGAGCAGCAGCGCUACCUGCACCGCUACCAGGUGCAGCUGAGCAGCCAAUCAGAACCCACCGACGGCCAGACCCAUCCCAGACUGGAAGCUGAACUGGAAACCAGUUCUGGUGUUUGGUUUUUAUGUUAGAGACUUCUGGCUCGGUGCGAAUAUUAAUGUCAAAAUCUGAUUUGAAAUGUACAUAAAACUUUGUUGAUAUUCCACUAACGUAGGAAAAAUAAAAUUUCAACAUUAGCAACAUUUCGCUAAUGUCGAAAUAACUAAAUUUUACAAUUCCAGUGGAAAUAAGGAACACAAUUAAAAUCACUUGUAGAUAAGUCAGUUCUCACAGGAAGCUGUGCCAUCGUCCACUUCCUGCCAUCUUUGUCGUUUCCUCCAGUAGUAACUUCCUGUUGUUGGUCACGUGACUCGUCUGAUGCAGAAAAAAGUGUUUCUGCCGUUGUUUUGUGAAAUGAAACAAUUUUGAUACGGACAAAAAAAAAAUUUGAGUUUUUUUUCUAGAUGUGUUUGAUUUAAGUGAAUUUAUUUAGGAAACAUGACAUUGUGUAACAGCGUUGUCAAUGGAAACGCAGCGAGGUUUGCAGAUUGUUCCCGAAUAUUACACUUAUGCUAAAAAUGAUGAAGAUGACGACCAUCAUCAGCAUCAUCAACGUUUUGUUUCAGAGAAACAUUCUUUAAGAAAUGACUCCAUGUGAUAUUCACAUCUACACUGCAAAAACACAAAAUAUAACUAAGUCCUUUUAAUCUACUUUCUGGUCCAAAUAUUUCAGUCACUUACCUAAAAUAGAUAUAAGAGCUUUUUUAACUAAAUAAUUCCUUAUAUUGAUUUAAAUAAGUUAGUCAAGAUCUAUUGGCAGAUUAUUUCAUUUCUAACAUUGGAAAAUGUUUUAAGUGAAAUAAUGUCAAUGUAACUUGAACUGUUUUGUCAACAAUAAGGAUUUAUUUACUUAACAUCUGGCUGGAAAGUGACUUGUGAGUUUGUUUUAAGUUACUGAAAUAUUUUCAUCAGAA